GCCGGAGGGUUCUGGGCGCUCCAGACCGCCGGGUGCCAUGCCUGUGUGGCCUUCGGCGGUGGCGGCCAUGGAGGCCUGUGGCGCCCGGGAGCCCGAGACGGCCGCAGUGCUGCCCCAGCACCAGUUCGAUCGCAGGUCGCUGGAGGACUACCUGAGCCAGCACCUGCCCGGCUUUGCGGCCGAGCCGGGGACCGCGCUGGCAGUUUCCCAGUACAGAUUAGGACAGUCCAAUCCAACCUUUUAUCUCCAGAAGGGCAGUCAAGCAUAUGUACUCAGGAAAAAACCACCGGGUUCCCUUCUUCCUAAAGCACACAAGAUUUAUAGAGAAUUUCAAGUCCAGAAGGCCUUGUAUUCAGUUGGAUUCCCUGUUCCCAAGCCUUUACUGUACUGCAGCGAUGCUUCUAUUAUCGGAACAGAUUUUUACGUGAUGGAACAUGUGCAGGGGAGAAUCUUUCGCGAUUUCACAAUUCCUGGAGUUAGCCCAGCAGAGCGCUCGGCCAUAUACGUGGCAGUGAUUGAAACCUUGGCUCGAUUGCAUUCCUUGAAUAUCCAGUCAUUGCAGCUGGAGGGCUAUGGCAGAGGCGCUGGGUACUGCAAAAGACAGGUAUCAACCUGGACAGAACAAUAUCAAGCCGCAGCUCAUCAGGACAUCCCUGCUAUGAGCCAGCUAUCUGACUGGCUAAUGAAAAACUUGCCAGAUAAUGACAAUGAAGAAAGUUUGAUUCAUGGAGAUUUCAAACUAGAUAACAUAGUUUUCCACCCUAAAGAGUCUCGUGUUAUAGCAGUACUGGAUUGGGAGCUUUCAACCAUUGGUCAUCCUUUGUCAGACUUAGCUCAUCUUUCCCUGUUCUACUUUUGGCCAAGGACAGUUCCACUGAUAAAUCAUAGUUCUUAUUUUCAAGAAAACAUAGGGGUGCCAUCAAUGGAAGAAUUGAUUUCAAUAUAUUGUCACCACAGGGGAAUUAAUUCUGUUCUCCCUAACUGGAACUUCUUUCUGGCACUUUCGUAUUUUAAAAUGGCUGGAAUAGCACAGGGAGUCUACAGUAGAUAUCUUCUGGGCAAUAAUUCAUCUGAGAGUAGCUUUUUGUUUGCCAAUAUUGUGAAACCUCUGGCAGAAACUGGAUUACAACUCUCAAAAAGAACUUUUAAUACUGCACUACCACAGACUGAUACUGCUGGACAGUUGUUUGUCCAGACUAGAGCAGGCCGGGAGGUUCUUAGUAGGGUGAAGCAUUUCAUGAAACAACACAUCCUUCCAGCCGAAAAGGAGGUAAUUGAGUUCUAUGUUCAAAAUGGAAAUUCUGUGGAUAAGUGGAGAAAACCUUUAGUGAUUGAUAAGCUCAAGGAAAUGGCCAAGGCGGAGGGCCUCUGGAACCUGUUUUUGCCAGCUAUAAGCGGACUCAGCCAGGUGGAUUAUGCCUUGAUUGCUGAAGAAACAGGAAAAUGCUUUUUUGCUCCAGAUGUCUUUAACUGCCAAGCACCAGACACAGGGAACAUGGAGGUGCUGCACCUAUAUGGAAGCGAGGAACAGAAGCAGCAGUGGCUGGAGCCUCUUCUUCAAGGGAGCAUUACCUCCUGCUUCUGUAUGACAGAGCCUGGUGUAGGUUCAAGUGAUGCCACCAAUAUUGAAUGUAGCAUCCAGCGAGAUGGCGAUAGCUAUGUCGUUAAUGGCAAGAAAUGGUGGAGCAGUGGAGUUGGAAGUCCAACAUGCAAAAUUGCAAUUGUUAUGGGAAGAACUGAAAAUUCUUCUAAGUCCAGACACAAACAACACAGCAUGAUUCUUGUUCCUAUCAACACACCUGGAGUAGAAGUAAUAAGACCUUUGUCAGUUUUUGGCUACAUGGAUAAUUUGCAUGGAGGACAUUUUGAGGUCCGUUUUAAUCAAGUGCGAGUUCCCGUCACCAACUUAAUACUAGGUGAAGGAAGGGGGUUUGAAAUUGCCCAAGGCCGCCUUGGACCUGGCAGAGUUCACCACUGCAUGAGGACAGUAGGUCUGGCUGAGCGUGUUCUACAGAUCAUGUGUGAACGUGCAGCCCAGAGGGUGACCUUUAACAAGAAACUGUACGCACACGAGGUCGUGGCCCACUGGAUUGCUGAAAGCCGCAUUGCCAUUGACCAGAUCCGUUUGUUGACCCUAAAAGCCGCGCACAGCAUCGACACUCUGGGCAGUGCUCGUGCUAUGAAGGAGAUUGCAAUGAUCAAAGUGGCUGCCCCGCGAACAGUCUGCAAAAUCAUUGACCGAGCCAUCCAAGUAUGUGGAGGUGCAGGUGUUUCCCAGGACUACCCUCUGGCUAACAUGUAUGCCCUAACCCGGAGUUUGCGCCUGGCAGACGGGCCGGAUGAAGUCCACCUCUCAGCAAUCGCAGGAAUGGAGCUGCGUGACCAAGCCAGAGGGCUGAUGGCCAAAAUGUAG